CACCUGAUCCUUUCUCUCCCCAUUCCCUCAUUUUGCCAUUCUUCCUUCCGCCCCCACACUUUAUCAUUCUGUCUUUGACACCUGGCAUUUCACCUCCCUCCUCCUGCUUCCGGAUAAGCAUUAACCACUUCCCUCUCUCCCCUUCUUCCUUACUUCAUCUCUUCCCUCCCUCCUCCCAUUUUCCCCUUCAUUUUCCGCCAUUGAUCUUUUCGUAUGUCGCUUUCAUUACUCUCUACAUAAUUUAUAAAUAAAACCACCCUGUCUCUCUUAUCCCCUCCGCCUUUUUCCUGCUGCUUUGCUCACUCUCUCUCUCUCCUCCUCUCCUCCUACUCCGCUUUUCAGUACUCUUCUUAUUUUUACACUUCCCCCCCAUCUCAUCCGUGGCGGCUUUUCCUGCUCGGCAGAUUUUCUCCACCCAUUCCCUCUGCUUACUUUCUUCUAUUUCCCUUCUUGCAUGUGGCCAUUCUUGUCGAGGGGGUCAAUACUCUGUUUACGUUGAACUUGUCGAUAUGAGGGUUGAAUCUUCUCGGUUGACGCGCGCCGUGACAUGCGCGUCCGCCUUCUUCGAUUCCUCCGAAGACCGAAAGCCGAACGCUAGAAGCGGUGGAGAUCGCCCUCUUCCGGCGGAGGAUGCUGAUGAUAAAUGUAGUCCGUCGUCUUCUUCAACGUCCUCCAUCGGCAGGAACAGCGAUCUGUCCUCGGAGAGGUCAAUGGGGGGCGAGGAUCACGGCGAAAAUGAGGCCCAGAGUCUGUACAAUGGUACUUUGGACAUGAUGCAGUCUUUAGAAGAAGUUUUGCCCGUCAGUAGAGGAAUCUCAAAGUUCUAUGACGGCAAAUCCAAGUCCUUCACGAACCUGGCAGAUGCUUCCUCUUCACCGUCCGUAAAAGACUUGGUAAAACCAGACAAUGCCUACAACAGGAAACGGAGAAACUUGAUGGCCUUCAAUCAUAUCUGGAACAAGAAUCGAAGCUUCACUUUAAAAAGCAACAAUGGUGGAAUUUCAAAGAAACCGAUAUUGAGCUCUAGUCGAAGCGCACUGGCCGUAGCAGUUGCCAUGAACAGCUCUGAUAGCAGCAGCAGUAUCACGAGUGAGGACUCAAAUUCCAUGUCACCUCCUCCAUUGCUUCCACCAUUACAUCGUCGAGUCAGUGCGUCUUCUAUUACCAGUGGUGGCCCAUCCUCUACAUUUGCCCACAGUUUCUCUGCUUGGCGAUCCUUCUCCUUGGCUGAUCUGCAGCACUGUGCCACUACUGCAACUAUGAAGAUGCCGGGCUCCUCUUCCCUUAGAAGUGAAACAGCUCUUAGUAAACUAACUUGACAAGCCAGACUGUUGUUGUACGGAUGAGCAUACACGUAGCCUCUAGGGCAAGUUGUUUGUGGUUCUAGGCAAGGUUGUGGAGGAAUUUUAGAGAUCUCUUUUCAUCUGAUCUGUUUGAUCUAGAGUACGAAUUAACCAAGCCGGCGGAUCGCCCACUAAGCGCUAACCCAUUCCUCUGCGCUAUAAUUAAGUAUUGUAAUCCUAUUUAUAAGUUUUUGCAAAUUAAGUGUUUCGCUGUUUAUUAGAGCAUGGAAAUGGAAUGCCUUGAGAUUUGUAACCAAGGACCAUUUUCAGCGAAUGAAAUGUUUCCAUUUAUGAGCCAAA